AUGCUUGAAAUGGGCUGUAAACUGGGCGAUUCGACCGAUUUUCUCCCGGGCGAUGUGUUCUUUGUGCAACCAGCAAAUGCCCCCGAUGAUGUCGACCGAUUGCUUCGUCAUACAGGCACGAAUCCAGCACAACGUGUUCUCGUGACAGCACAGGAUUCAGGUGUUCCCGUCGAUCGGCUUCUGGCUUCCGUGAGUCGAAAUCGACCAGGUGGGAUAUCCGCGGCCUGGUUGGCCACAUACUAUUUCGAUCUGAAUGCUAUCCCCACUCCGGAGCUAUUUACCGCAUUGAUAUUGAUUAAUAAACAGGUAUUAGAAAAAUUAAAUCCCUCUAACGAAGACCAAUCACGCUUACAACUCGAAUAUGAUCGAUUGUGUGAACUCGCGUCAGCUUGUUGGUCGCCGGAAGAAAUGGACGAUCUAAACGACUACGUCACACGACCUCAUCGUCGUGUAAUCGAAACCCUACUGGAUUUCCCAGUGACUACGUCUCAUUUAAGCCCAAUCACCUGGUUUGAUGUACUCCCAGGGCCGAUACGAGCACGACCGUAUUCGAUCGCAUCAGGUCCACCACAAAUUGAACUUCUUGUGGCUGUGGUAUCCUAUCGUACACUCAUGUCCACACCCCGUCGUGGGUUAGCUACCUCCUACCUAGCUUCACUCGCACCCGAGGAUAUCAUACCGGGUUGGAUUGAAUCCCAAGUGGCCGGUGGUUUUGAUUUUGCCUUACCGUGCCAGACCGCUUACACCAAUCCUUGUAUACUGAUUGCUCCGGGCACGGGGAUCGCACCAAUGCGCAGUUUUCUCCAACAUCUACGUGCUCUGUACCCGACCGAACCACAAGGACCAGUCCGAAUUCUACUAUUUUUUGGAUGCCGUAAUUCGAACAAAGACUUCUAUUUCCAAUCCGAAUGGAUGAAAUAUGUGGCAGAGAAUCGGAUCCGAUUGAUCUGUGCGUUCUCACGUGAACCGACCGAGCCGGCUCGACCCGAUCGGGUGUACGUACAGCAUCGGAUACGAGAGAACGCUUCCGAGGUCUGGACCUGUCUAUCCCAACCCAAUUGUGUGAUCUAUGCGUCCGGCAAUGCGAAAUCGAUGCCCACGGAAGUACGAGAGGCACUGGUUGCAGUUUGUCAGACAGCUGGUGGAUUGUCUACGACCGAUGCAGAAGCACUGCUCAAUCAGAUGGAAGCCCAACGUCGAUUUCAAAUUGAGGCAUGGUCUUAA